AUGAGGAAGGCAGGAAAAUGGAUACUAAAAUGGAGUUUUAGAAAGUCAUCAACCAAUAACAAUCUUCUUCUAACUCACAAGCUUUCUAAAUCUGUUGACUCCAUUGACACCAUUGAAGCUCUGAAGCAGGUGGCCAUAGCAGCACAGAGGAAGCCACCAUCAGAUGUUCAAAACGCUGCUGCUACGACGAUCCAGUCCGCGUAUCGGUCUCAUUUGGCAAGGAAAGCAUUGCAUGCUUUAAGGGCACUGGUUAAGAUACAAGCACUUGUGAGAGGCCAUCUUGUGAGAAAACAAACGGCUGCUACCCUGAAGAGCCUGCAAGCUUUGAUGGCAAUCCAAGUUCGGGCUCGGUCGAAUCGGAUCCAACUGCUCGAGGAGGAAGAGCUUCUCGAAAGGAGUCGACAUAGACAUCUUGUUAACAUCAAUCUCGAAAAAGCAUACAAAGAGAGGUUGUACAUGAAUCUCAAUGAACAUUGGAGACCAUAUAAGAGCAAAAGCAGCCAUAUAAGUCAUUCUCAAAUCGAACUGAUAGAAAAUGAGCCUAAUGCAUAUAUUUGUAGACGAAAUCUUUCGAUCCCAAAGAGGCAGCAUCGGCACAAAAAUGACUCCAUCCCUAUAGAACCGAACACUUCCGAGUACUAUGUUUUGGUGUCCAAACCAGCUGCUGAAUCAGCCUUAUUUUCCAUGGAUCAGCCAAGGAAUUCAGACUCUAUGCCUCAUGACUAUCCCUUAUAUCCACAUUAUAUGGCUAAGACGGAAUCGUCCAGGGCAAAAGUCCGAUCACAGAGUGAACCAAAACAACGACCACCCGGUUCGAGCAUAUGGAUGAAGAGCAAGCAAACAGAAACAGUUGGCAGAACGAGUUUGCCAAUGAAUGAUCAAAUCCAAAGCUAUUCACAAAACCUGAAGCAUAAGGGUUAUGAAAAUCACAACAGCGGUUGGUUCAUGAAGCUUUAUCAGUUAAAAAAAGCAGCAAAGACCAGAGAUGGUGACUCUACUAGCAGCAAACUUAGUCGUCCCGACGACCUACCUUGA